AUGGGUCUCCAGAGCUUCUUCAACUGGCGGUCUUCCACCGCUGCCAGCAACACAGAUCCCGUGGCAGAAGAAGAUCUUGUUGCCGACGUGGAUGAGCCCCCGGAUCAUCGACGCCUGGAGAAGUUGCAAACCGAUUUUCACAAAUCCGCAGUCCGAUCCCAAGCCCAGCGCAAGGAAUCGCUGCUUACAAAAGCACUCAUGAAGAAUCCCGACAACCAAGCUUCCAAGCACGAAAUACAAGUCAACCCAGACUCGUCCCGUCGAAGAUCGAUGAUGAGCAACGCUAGCAUGACCUCGACGGCGGAAUUGACAAGUGAUGGUGGCCUCACAAGUCCUGCACGCACGAGUACACCUAGCCCUCCUCCUAGUGCUACAUUUACCAGCUUUGCUCCAUAUUCUCUAGCUGGAGAAUCGAUAUCGCCACCAAUGCCCAUCGCGGUUAAUACCGGCAUGAACGAUUCCUUACCUGUUGCCGAAUUGAUUGCCGUUUCUCCUAAGUCGGCCCAGCCUGAGAUGGUCGUUCCACCGAAGAAACGCACGAUCACAUUUGCUUGUGGUGGAGGGAAACACAUGGCUCCUAAGCCAGCCGCACGACCGGCUCCAGAACCAGCUCCCGUUGCAGCAAACGCGCAGCCACAACAGCGCGUCUGCAAGAUUAAAUUCGCCUGCUCGGGCCCAAAACCAUCCGACAAGAGGACCAAGUCUCCGGCCGAUGACAAGUUCGAGUCGCAGCCAUCUGAAGCACAGAACGCUCCAAUUCCCAAAAAGUCCCCUAGAACUACAUCCCAAUCAUCGCCGCGGCCUCACCGAGACGUCGCUUCCACUGCUCACCGAUCCUCAGGCAGUCCUGUCGCAACAAGGACCAAACCGAAAUAUAUCAUUGCUGAUGAAAUGUCCUUGGAAUGCUCGGAGGCCACUCGAUUCCAUGAAUUUGCCAGUGAGGGACUACAAGAAGAUGACUGGAUUCGGGAAGAGGAUGAAGCUCCAAAAGCCAGGCUGACCAUCAAUGAUACCCUAAAGAUGGAGAAUGCCAUUCGCCAACUCGGUAAUGAGGCUGAAGAAGAAGCAUUAGAGGAAGACGACGAUGAUGACGAUGACGAUGCCGCUGAGGAUGACGACGAUGACGACGAUGACGAUGAGGACGACGACGAUGAUGACGAUGAGGAGUCUGAUGGCAAUGAGACCGAUAACGAGGCUGGAUUUGCUGACUCGGACGACGAGAGCGAUCCUGAAGGGGAAUUCGCCUUCUGGUCCCCAGGAUAUAAUCUUCCCAAUACUGGACCUGGAGGCUCUCUAACCUACCGUCCAUCUGCUCAUCGGGCCGCCUCUGCUUCGUCAAUAGAAUCUGUUGGUCACAUGGAGUCUGUCGUGGGCCCACAAGGCAAUCGUUAUUUACGCCGUCGCCCGAUUAAAAUUCGACCUGGUACUCCCGAGUUGCCUGACAGUACCGAUUUUGUCUGCGGUACUUUGGACGAGGAUAGACCGAUUGAAAAUGCAUACAUAUCUUGUAUGGAGGCCCGGAAGAAUGCUAAGCGUAUCCAAACUCCACAAGAUAUAGAUCCUAGCUUUCCUACUUCCGAUCUAGAAAACGAGGAGGAUGAUGACGACGACGUGCGGGACGGCAAUGACAGCGAGGAGCAUGUAUGGCUCCAUGGGAAAUUUGAAGAGUCGGACCAGGAACACCAUGGCCGACGUCGUUCCACCACAGCCCGCCGCAAGUCUCCAAUUCUUUCGCCCCGACGACCCCGUUCACCCCCUCCGAAGCAACGGCUUCGAUCCCCUCCGCCUCGUAAGCUAUUUGGUCACUCCCCGAAGCGGAUGCGCUCUCCACCGCCACCGCGGGCCGUCCGUUCGCCAGCAACCUCUCCAACGGCUCAAGGUGACAGUAAAGCUAUCAAUUUCGCGCCGCUCGCGUCACGCCCGGGCCUCACUCAUACGAAGUCACUUCCCCGUGCUCCUAAUGCGUUUGGUCGGCAAUAUCGGGCCUCUCGCAUAGCUGCUGCUUCCGGCAAUGACACAGGUGACUGUGUUGUUCGUGGUGCUAUUGAUAUCGUCAAGGGUCUAGAGAGGAAACGGCAACGGCGCAAAGAGAAGUUCUUCCAGAAGCAGUACAACAACCGCGGCCGGAAACAGAACGCUGAGCGUAAGCCUCAGCCUGGGAAAGGCGCAGAACGGAUGCGUGAGCUUGGGCUCGUCAUGGCUGGCAAGACUGGAGUUCAAGGCCAUUACAUGAUGUCUGCUUAG